AAAGAAGGCAACAGGGGAAAGAAAAAUUGGACACAAGGACGGAGAUGGUGUGAUGAUGGUGGUGUCAAGUGCUAGCAGCAGUGGUAGUACUUAGGUGGUUGUUUUAGAAGCCAAAAGCCUACCCAUAAGCUGGGUCUUAUCAGCAGCUGAGUUGGGCCCAACCCAACAAUUGUUUCCCACUUCUCUUCUUCUGUAGCCCUCAACCCUCGUACCAUCAGCCCUAGCAACCUUCUCCGCUAGGAAAUAGGAAGGAAAACUCCCCUCUUGCUCUCCCCCAUUAUUCUUUCUUCCAGUCUCCAUCCUUCCCUACGCCGUCACUUCCUCUCAAUUAUCUUCUUCCAAGUCCACUGUGACGUUGAGCUGGGCUGACGCCCGGCGGGAACGGAGCCAUGAGCGAGAGAGAGACCCAGAACUUCGUGACCGUCACCGUCGACUCCUUCUCGGAGCUCCCCUUCCUCCGACCUACGCCGGCUCGGGACAGGUCUUCCGAUUCCAGCCCUUCCAUCCGGAUCUUUGGCAUCGACCUCCCCCAUGAGCCUGACUCCUCUCAAGAAGAACCUUCCAAGGACCCCCACACCUCCACCACUGAUACUGGUACCACCCAUAAGGGCACCACCAACCCUAUCACCAACCAUAAUAACAGCGGAAGUGGUGGAGAGAGUGGGAGGAAAUUCGAGUGCCACUACUGCUGUCGCAAUUUCCCAACGUCGCAGGCCCUCGGCGGCCAUCAGAACGCCCACAAGCGCGAGCGCCAGCAUGCAAAGCGCGCCCACCUCCAGUCCGCCAUGGCGGCUCACCAUCACCACCACCACCACCAGCCCGGACUCAUCACUGACGGACACUUCUACGGCCUCCUUGGAUACCACCGCCUCGGCUCGGUCCCUUCCGCCGGGCGCUUCGAGACCCCGCCACCUCCCCACUACCCUUCGUGGAAUGGCACCAGUACUGGCAUCAUCAGCCCCGGGACUCGAUUCUAUGGUGGGUUGGGGACGGUGUCCCAGCCCAUCAAUGGUAGCCCGCUGCCAGGGCCAUGGAGGGUGCCAGUCCAUGGCGGUGCAGCAAGCUUUGGGAUGAUCAAUCGAGAUCGUUCGAUGGCGUUGCCGUUGUUUGGAGGGGAUGAUUCGACAAUGGUAGGGAUUGGUGGAGGUGGCGGUAUGGGUUCUUCUUCUUCUUCAUCAUCUUCUUCAUCAACUUCUCCACAGGAUCGAGGUGGGUACGGAGCCGGUGCGAAGGAGACUGCAGUGAGUCUGGAUUUGCAUUUGUAAUUCAUAGCAAAUAAAGAAGAGCUCGUUAAUUAAAUUACAUUUUUUUUCCCUUCUUUUCUUUUGCAUCAUGUUGACUUCUUUUUAACUGUUUUACAAAAUUUAGUAACCUAAUUUUAUUUUCGUAAAGUGCAUGGAAGUGUUCGAUUACCCUUUAUUUUUAUUUUUCUUUUAAUAUGUGCACUGAGACUUAAUUAGGGUUGUAAUUUUGAUAUGGAAAUUUGAAGGCUCUCUAUUGUUAACUUGUCACUUGGAAAUUCCCGAGCUGUUAUCUAUGAGAGAAGUAUGGUCCCCUUUUUGUGAAACACUUCUGCUUGAUUGCUUGCUCUAAGCUUGCACCAAUGACGAACCCCAUAAUAGUAACCGAUUCGCAUUUGCUAUUCCUUCGUAUAGGUCUUUUAGAUUGUAAUUUUCUUUGUUUCUGGUAUAUCAAUUGAAAAGAACAAAUCAUUUAUAAUCUCAAUACAAUCUGUAUUGACAUUUGUCAGUUCUGUCA